CUUAGUGUAAGAAUUAAUCCUGGUGAAUCAUAUGUAUUAAGAAUUAUAUUUAUUAAGUGUCAAUAUUUAGAAUUCAUUAGCAUUUGGUGUGAGGAAAAAAGUAUAGCUGGGACGAUAUUUGAAUUUAUUGAAACUUGGGCAUCAAAAUAUUUUUGUGAAUUAAUAUUAUAUAAUUCAAAUUUAUACUUGAUAUAUCCAGUAGAUUUAGAAUCAUUUCUUAUAAGCUGGAAGAAUAAAAAACCAGAAAAAUUACUUAAAUUAAUGUUUAUUAGACAGAGUAAUAUUAUUAGUGAGUAUGAAGAGUAUGAGAAGUAUAUUAAGUAUAAUAUAUAUGAAGGGGUGUAUUAUAUUAGUUCAAAUUAUUAUAUUUUUGACAAUAUGAUUGAUUAUUAUGAGAUUGAUGAGGAUAUUAUUAAUGAUCUGAAACAUAAGUAUAGUUAUGAGUUAAAUUAUUAUGAUCAAAAUUUGAAAAUAAUUGAAAAAUAUGAAAAAUUGGCUCAAGCAAAAAUAUAUUUUAUUUUAUUCAUCUUAUAUUUUUUAGAUUUAAGAAAUUUCAAUAAUAUUUCUAUUAAAUAAUAUUCAUUAUUUAUUGUACGGUGUUGCAUUUAUGUUUGUUAUAUUGUUAACGUCACGAAAUGUUCAUUUUUUUUUAAUGGCUAUAGAGUAGUAGAUUAUUAUUAUCAAACACCUCAUACUUUAACUUCUGUAAUACAUGUAAGGUUUAUAGCUUCCUGGAGAAAAAAAAUGCAGCAAAUCUCGGCAAAAUACCAAAAAAUUUCUACACCUUGGUCAUAAUCAAUUCGCCUAUAACUUUUAUUAUCAAUUAUUUCGCAUUUUGAAAAUUCUAUUCGUUAUAAAUUAAACUUGGGAGAGAGAGAUAAAGAAAAUAAUCUUUAGCC